AUGCCGCUGUCUACCGACUGCGUUGACGGUGUUGGAGCUCUCGACGACGAAUUACUAGCUGCAUUAGAUGACGUACUUUCAAUCUCUGAGUCAAAUUUGAUUGAUGAUGCAUUGUCAACGAUAGAUAACAUGACACUUGGGGAUGAAAUCGAUACGAUGCUAUCGAUUGGGGUUCCACCUCUUGUUCUAACAAAUACGCCGGCAAAAGAAGUGACGUCGCCAACUACGCCUGAUAUGUCGGCAAAGUCUCCUAAUCAAUCUGUUAAUGGUGAUCAAACGCCUCCACAUUUAAGCAAGAAAGGAAAAGAAGCACGUAUGACACCAUACUCGACUUCAAACAAACCACGUCAUCGCAAGCGUCCGAAAGAUGAGCUUGAUUACUUACGUGCCAAGGUAAAUGACAUGGAGGAGAAGUUGGCUGUAUUACAAAGCCAUGAUACUGAAUCACCUAGUGCACAAGGUGUUUAUAACAGCGAUGCUAGCCUCACUCUUGGGUCAUCACAAGAUAUGCUACAACGCUGGAAAAGAAUUGCCGGACGUCAGAAGAAAGAAGUUGACCGCUCUGUACUUGAAAAUAUGCGUUUGCGUGCGAUGCUUGAAGGUCAACUCAAUGUUGCAAGGAGUCUUGAAGAAGCCAUUGAGCAACAACAACGCGAGUCAGUGCAGUCUCUAUUAGGUGUUGGAGAUGGAAUCGGAGGGUCAAAUGUUCUAUCAGAUAAUUUCCUUUUUGCUCGUCUCAAUGAAGGUCUGGACUCACAAUAUAUGGAACUUGACACGAUUUACGAGCUGUGUGGAAUUGCUCAUGUCAAUUGUGACAUGAACAAUGGAACGAAGGUUCUGCAUGAUGUGACGGGAGUUUCUAUUCGACACGAAGAAGUUCGUGUCUUGCCUUUUUCGAUGGAUGCAGUCCAGCGAGCGAUUUGGAGUAUCUUUCGGUACAGUACAGGCAAAGAUAUGAUGCUUGGGCCUAUGCAGACUCAAGUCGUGGAUGAAAAUUGUGUGAAUAUCACAAUGAGGGAAAAACUUGAUUUAGGCUCAGCUAAAGUCGCGAAUACUGUUCGACGACUCGCGUUUCGGCGCAUUUUUGAAGAGAAUCGCACAGUUGUGAUUUGGAGCUCGUAUAUUGAGAUCGACGGAUCGGUUUUUGUUCGGAUGCGAGACAAGGGGUACAUUACAACGUCUUUAUAUAAGUUUGGGACUGAUAGCUUCGGUGGUGGUGUUCCGGGAUCUGUAACUCGAAUUGUUGUAUUGGCAAGUCCAGAAAUGUCUGCAUUUCCAUCGGCUGAAACGCAUAGUGCACAUAUUGGCGAGAUGACGGAACUGGUUGUUGGUCUAUAUCGUGUCACUGCAGGCUUGUUUGCUCAAACUAUUGAUAUGCUAUUGCUACAAGAAGCAAUGGGUGGAAAAAUGAUUGAAGGUGAACCUGCUGCCAGCCCUGUACCGAUCAAUCAAGUCUGA